UCACCCAAGCUUUUUUUCCCCCAGCUACGUCCCAGCCCCGACCCCGCGACGCUUGGGCAGGCGCGUGCGAGCCGGGUCCACAAGAAAACUCCUCCACCAUGUCACAAGCUUCCACUGUGUCACAGAACGGGUUCCUUGAGGAUUCCAGUGAAGACUUAGCUGCAUCUCUGAACUAUUUCAAGAAUGACACGGAUAUCUCCAAAGCUCGAGAUGAGAACCUGCGGGAUGAGACCUUUGACACGGUCAACUCCUCCAUUGUGUCUGGCGAAAGUGUCCGGUUUUUUGUUAAUGUCAAUCUUGACAUGCAGUCUGCCAAACCUGAUAUGGCCACUGGCGGCUGCAUGCUCCUGCACACCUCUCGCAAGUACCUGAAGUUAAAGAACUUCGAGGAAGAAAUCCGUGCACAGCGAGACCUGGAUCGCUUCCUGGCCCAGGCCAGCAUCAUCCUGGAUGAAACAGCCACCUCUCUGGAUGAAGUGCUGCGAACCAUGCUAAAAUGCUUCACCCAGGACCCCAACCACGCAGAACCAAAAUACAACUUGGACCGGCUCAUGGCCAAGCUCUUUACGGAUGCUGAGAACCCCAUGGAGGGUAAAGCCCAUCUGCUGUCAGAUACCAUUCAAGGAGUCACUGCCACGGUCACAGGGGUGCAGUACCAGCAGUCGUGGCUCUGCAUCAUCUGUACCUUAAAAGACCUACAUAGGAGGCAUGUGUGCAUCAGCCGCCUAGUUCGCCCACAGAACUGGGGGGAAAACUCCUGUGAGGUUCGCUUUGUCAUCCUGGUGCUGGCUCCACCCAAGAUGAAAAGCACCAAGACAGCGAUGGAGGUGGCACGCACAUUUGCUACCAUGUUCUCGGACAUCACCUUCCGACAGAAGCUCCUGAUGACCCACACGGAGGAGGAUUUCAAGGAGGCCCUGGUGCAUCAGCGGCAACAGCUCACUAUGGCGAUGCCAUCAUUAUGGGACUACAGCAUGAUCUCCCUUCCUUCUCACAAACAUCCAAAGCCCCCUACGUUCAAGGACUUCUUGCGAUUUGGGAAAGGCAUCAGGGAGGACAUCAUGCGUAGGCUUCCCGUGUACCCAUUGGACUUCACUGAUGGCAUUAUUGGGAAAAACAAAGUUGUAUGCAAACACAUCACCACCACCCUGUUCCUCUACUUUGCCUGCCUCCUGCCUACACUUGCUUUUGGAUCCUUCAAUGAUGAGAACACCAACGGAGCCAUUGAUGUGCAGAAGACUAUAGCCGGGCAGAGCAUCGGAGGCCUUGUGUACGCGCUCUUCUCCGGGCAGCCGCUGGUGAUAUUACUGACAACCGCGCCCCUGGCCAUCUACAUCCAGGUGAUCCGUGUCAUCUGUGACGACUACAACUUGGAUUUCCACUCCUUCUAUGCGUGGACAGGCCUGUGGAACAGUUUCUUCCUCACACUGUAUGCUUUCUUCAACCUCAGCCUGGUCAUGAGUCUCUUCAAGAGGUCGAUGGAGGAGAUAAUUGCCCUGUUCAUCUCCAUUACAUUCGUGCUAGAUGCUGUCAAGGGCAUGGACAAAAUCUUCUGGAAGUACUACUAUGGUCAUGGCUACCAGACAAAAAGGACUUCAUCCCUGGUGAACCUGCUGGGCCUCAGCACCAGCCUUAAUGGCACCCUCAACAGUACCUUCAACAGCAGCCUCCUGGACAGACCCCCACAGUUAGUGGAGGAAGACCACUCUAGCACUACACACCCGGACCGGGCAACCGCAAUCCUCAGCCUCCUCAUCAUGCUGGGCACGCUCUGGCUGGGCUACACCCUCUACCAGUUCAAGAAGAGUCCCUACCUGCAUCCCCGCGUGCGUGAGGUCCUGUCUGACUGCGCCCUGCCCAUCGCUGUGCUCUGCUGCACCCUCAUCAGCUCUUCUUGCUUCCGGGAAGUUGAGAUGAGCAAGUUUAGCUACAACCCCAGCGGAAACCUCUUCAAGCUAGCACAGAUGCACUUGCUGUCCCUGGAGGCUAUUGGCAGUACCAUGAUCCUUGGCUUCCUGCUCUCCUUGCUCUUCUUUGUGGAGCAGAAUCUAGUAGCAGCCUUGGUCAAUGCACCAGAGAACAGACUGGUGAAGGGCACUGCCUACCACUGGGAUCUCCUGUUGCUGGCCAUCAUCAACACAGGACUGUCUCUGUUUGGGCUGCCCUGGAUCCACGCUGCCUACCCCCACUCCCCACUGCAUGUGAGAGCCCUGGCGUCAGUAGAAGAUAGCGUGGAGAACGGGCUCAUUCAUGAGACGAUUGUGAAUGUGAAGGAGACUCGGCUGACCUCGCUGGGUGCCAGUAUCCUGGUGGGUCUCUCCUUGUUGCUGCUGCCUCUGCCGCUGCAGUACAUCUCCAAGCCCGUGCUCUAUGGCCUCUUCCUCUACAUUGCACUCACCUCCUUGGAUGGCAACCAGCUCUUCUCACGUGUGGCCCUGCUGCUCAAGGAGCAAACAUCAUAUCCACCCACACACUACAUCCGGAGGGUACCUCAGAGGAAGAUCCACUACUUCACAGGCCUGCAGAUCCUGCAGCUGCUGCUGCUCUGUGCUUUUGGCAUGAGCUCCCUGCCCUACCUGAAGAUGAUCUUUCCGCUCAUCAUGAUUGCCAUGAUCCCCAUUCGCUACAAACUGCUGCCCCAAAUUAUCGAAGCCAAAUACUUGGAUGCCAUGGAUGCUGAGUAUAGACCCUGACUGGCAGGCCCUGGCCACUCCCCUUCACCAACUCUCCCCACCCUCCCAGGCUGGCUCUGUGGCUAUGUAGGGAGAUGUGGGUGUCCAGGUUGUGGCUGUGUGUUCUCACAGCUGUUUUCCAGGGCUGUGGUACCUGGGCAUUGUGGGGUUUAGUGUUGUGUGUGUGUGUGUUCACCACUCUCCCCAUUAGCCUUUAGCUUUGGGUCAAGAACAUUGCCCAGGGUGGGACUAAGCAGGGUGGAUUUUCUUUUGAUAAAAGAGUUGAUGCCCAGGAGAGAAAACCAUUUCCUUGAUUAUGUAAGGAACUCACUGUGCGCACAUUAGAGAAUAAAGCUAUGUCUAGGCUUC